UUCCUCCUUGUUUCGUUGCUAAAGUAGCUAGGCUGCUUGCUGUUGCUACUUAACCUGCUUCCUUUUCCUUGUUGCAUUCAGACUUUCCCUCUGCUUCUGGUUUCAAACUGCUGAGGCAGGACAAAAAUGGCUUCCCUGUUGAGAGAGCUACCUUCCAUGUCCACUCUUCUUGCUGCCUAUGCUUCCUUCUCGGCCAUGGCCAUGCUAAUCCGCACGGUAUUGAAUGAAAUGAUCCCGAAACCGUUGCAGAAGUAUAUUAACUCAAAGUUCUCUGACCUGAUGUCCAAUUACUUCUCCACUAACUUCACCUUCAUCAUUGAGGAGCGGUGGCAUGCUGUUUAUAAUGAAACGUUUCGGGCUGUUGAGGUUUACCUGCCAACCAGGAUCGGCCCUACAACCGACAAACUUGUCAUAGGGUCCAACGACCCCAAUAAUCCGACGGCCACACCGAAACGAAGCAUCCCUGCUGACUGCAAGAUCAUUGAUGAAUUUGAGGGCAUGACCUUGCAGUGGACUCUGCAUGUAAGAGAGUCGGAUAAGUUCUAUAUCCCUGAUAGAAAAUGCUUUCACUUGACCUGCAAGAAACGACUUAGAGAAAAAGUUGAGGAAAAGUAUCUCCGCCACAUAGCAGAGACGGCUCAAAAAAUCCUGAGCAAGCGAGAAAAGCUCAACAUCUACACCUACAACCAAGAUCGUUUCAGGUGGGAAUCCGCCAUUUUCAAGCAUCCAGCAAGGUUUGAUACAUUGGCUAUGGAGCCAGAGCUUAAGCAAUUCAUAAUGGAUGAUCUUGACUCCUUCGUGGGACGCAAGGAUUUCUUUGAAAAUGUUGGCAGGGCUUGGAAACGUGGGUACCUUUUGUAUGGUCCUCCAGGGACAGGAAAAUCAUCACUAGUUGCAGCAAUCGCGAAUCACAUGAACUACCAUGUAUAUGAUCUCCAGUUCCAAAGUGUUCGAAAUGACGCUGAGCUCAGGCGAAUACUCACGUCCACCACAAACCGCUCUAUUCUGCUCAUCGAGGACAUAGAUUGCAGCACAAAAAUUUCUGAAGAUCGUGGCAAGGUUAAAGAUGAGAAACAGAAGGAAGGUGAAGAUGGGCGACUCAAUCGUCCUUCCUCUACUGAUCCUGGGGUAACAUUAUCAGGGCUACUGAAUUUCAUUGAUGGACUGUGGUCGAGCUGUGGGAAUGAGAGAAUCAUCAUCUUUACCACCAAUCACAAAGAUAAGUUAGAUCCAGCCCUGUUGCGUCCAGGGCGCAUGGAUGUGCACAUUCACAUGGGCUACUGCACUCCUCCAGGGUUCAGAAAACUUGCUACCACAUAUCUCGGAAUCAAGGAUGACAAACUGUUUGCCUGCAUCGAUGAUCUUCUGAAAAGUGUUGAAGUUACCCCAGCAGAAGUAGCACAACAACUGAUGAUCAAAAGCGAUGAGCCUGAAGCUGCGCUCCAAGGUCUCAUCGAAUUCCUUACCAUGAAAAAGGAUAAAGUUGGGGAAGAUGUGACUCAAGCGGGUGAAAAUAAGAAGAAGGAUGGUGAAGAAGGUGUGAUUCAAGCAAAGGAAGCGAAGGAUGAGAAUGAGAACAAGGAUGGUGGAAAACAGAGCCGGAAGCAUGAUGAAACUGAAACUAGUUCCAUAUAUCUGACUUAGUUCAUUUUAGUAGUCUUUUGUACACAUUCGUGUGUUGAACAAGUUCCUGCACGUUGGGUUUUAUCUGGUUAUUGCAAUGGACAUUUGAGUCGAUCCAAUAAGUUCUUGGAGAAGUGAAGUGGCGAAGAUAAGGUUCAUUUUGCCGACAUCCAUCAACCAAUCCCAACCCCAACCCCAACCCCAACCCGGACGCCUACGAAGUAGCUCUGUUUCGUGUUGGGCUGUGGCUGUGGUCUCCCAAAUAUAUGUCGGCAAGAUGCUUGGGUGCAAGCAGUCAAGCAGGCAGGUCAGCUUCUGAAGGAUUCUGCUGAAGUUUUUAGGCUAAAAUCAAAGGUCAAGACGUGGAGGAGAAGGCCUCGGUCUCUUUCCAAAUAGUGCGGUUCGACGUUUUAGCUUCGAAAAAGCAAAGAAAAUGUUCCUCUGACUUUUCUGUGAUUCAAAAAGUAGCAUAGACGAAAGCAACCAUGUUGAAAGUUGAAACCCUGCUAGAAGAACCAUCAGCCAUCAGGAAUGGACCUACCACACAGUAAGUUUUUUCCUUUUUACAGUAAGAUUUAGCAUAAGACAAAAGCUCAGAAAUUUACCUCCCACUCCACACAGGACAUGUUACAUUUUUAUGAG